GCACUUGAAAAUAGAAAUAAACCUCCAAAACUUCCUGCGUGUAUAUCUAUAAGUAUCAGUCUAGACAUAUUUGUUGGCAAAGACAAAACAAAAACCAAGAGAUUAUUUCAGUAUUUUACCCAUUAUAAGAACAUUGUUAUAUUCAGUGCGUUAAUUGGACGUUGUGACAGCCUUGCGGUAUGAAGAUUGUAGCAUUUUUAGUCGGGUUUUCUAGCCUCGUUCUGGGAGCCAAGGCAGAUUGCUGUAAAAAUGGCUGGCUAUCAUAUGAGGGACAUUGCUACUACAUCGGUUAUGAAACCCUUUUGACAUUCACUUCCGCGUGGGCGUACUGUAACACUCGGGGCGCCUACCUUGUGCGGCUUGAGACACCUGGCGAAUACUUAUUCGUGAAAGAAUAUUUGAAGAAAACUGGAGCAAGAACGCCAUGGAUUGGUUUGACUGACAUGGAUAGCGAAGGGAAGUGGCAAUGGAUGGAUACUGGAAAACAUAUUCAAUUCUCUGACUGGGCAUACGGUCAACCCGACAACGCCGGAAACGAAGACUGCGUGCACUUAAAUAGUUAUAUGAAAUUCAAGUGGAAUGACGUACGCUGCAGCUACAAAUUCAUUCCAUUGUGUGAAUAUGACUUGAGCUAAAUCUGAAUCUGUCGAAUACAUUGUUUUCCCUUUCAGUAUCACCUUUGUUUUAGUUCAAAGUUUUAUGGAAAAAGUGUUUUACAUUUUAAUGAUUGAUUAAGCUAUAAUGAUGGUUUUGACAUGACAUAAAUCUUUUCCAAAUACGCUUAAUUAUUUAUACUUCUUAAUCAUUACUUGUCUGGGAAGUUACAAGCAUUUUUAAUAUGUUUUUAAACAUUGUAAGAAAACCUUGUCUUUAUUUUUCCUAAUUCUUACAGCAACUUCUUAAGUGUUUGAGGGCAUAAACAUUCCUGCGUUUCGGGCAACCCGAUCUUACCAAGAGAAACCCUCUUGGCUCUUAAUCAUAUUCUUUGAAAUCUGUAUAGGUCAACGUUUUAUUUUAAAAUGAAUUAAAAAGAUAUUUCAAACCUACUCGUCUUUUAUGAGAAUGUCACAACUAAUGUUUUAGUUCUUGAUAUUUCUGAUGCAUUAUCUGCAACACAAAAGUUAAAUCACUGUAAAUUUCCACCAAAACUACUGAUUAUUAUAAUAAGUCCAUAAGAAAUAGUAUUCUAAAAUUAGUUUCAACCAAUUUGCAAAAGAAGUUUUACAACUUUUAAACAGUUAGAAGAGUAGAUUACUGGCUAAGAGUAUAUUGUUAGCAGUAUCUAUGUUGUUCCUAUAUUAAUUAAGUCGGCACUUAAUAUCAAUGAUAACAGUGUUGUUAUUUUUUUCUGGUUUUAUGUGAUUUUGAUACGGUAAGUGUUGGAUACCAUUUAAGUAGGUGCUGGGAGCGUAUGGAAUGUUACAUUUGACAUUAUUCCUCACUCAAUAAAACCGAAUUUGCAAUUUUCAACUAUUUGUUUUUUAAUUAUUGCUCUCGUUUUAGAAUAUUUACAGUCACAAUUAUGCCACUCUGCAGCUUUUAUUGUAUUGUUUGUAUCAUAUUACAAUGUUAAGAUAUAUAAAUUAAUCUAUAAUAAAAUACUUGCAUAAAAAU